AUGACCUUUGCUCAUGACUGGGCACCCUCCCACUUUGAGAGGCUGUGUUCAGCAAUUGAUAUGAUCCCAUUUGUGAACUUUGAGAUAUCCCAGCGGCCUGAAGCAUCUGAUCUGAGUGUUUCGGAAUCGACGGGGCUCUCUCAGGGAGUCAGCGGAGUAGAUCUUGGAGUAUAUCUCGGAGCAGAUCUAGGCUCGAGUUUUACAUCGCUUCUGGAAGAGGACGAUCCUUCACUCCUUGGCUCGCAAAACGCCGCGUUGAGUAAUCGAAAACUCAGAGGUGAUAGAGCUAGACCCUCGGACACUCAAAAUAAACGCAAGCGCAUUGCAAACGAAACUGUCAGAAAUUAG